ACAUAGUUACUGUAUGAGCUGCAUUAAGAGCUGCUGGGAUCAGGAAGAUCAUGCUGGAGUUUACAGCUGCCCCCAGUGCAGACAGACCUUCAUACCCAGACCUGUUCUGGGCAGAAACACCAUGCUGGCUGAAGUGGUGGAGAAACUGAAGAAGACUGGACUACAAGCAGCUGCUCCUGCUGACCAGUAUGCUGAACCUGGAGAUGUGGAGUGUGACGUCUGUACUGGGAGAAAACACAAAGCUGUCAAGUCCUGCCUGGUGUGUCUGGCCUCCUACUGUGAAACUGACCUGCAGCUUCACAACAAACUCCACCAUGCAAAACAGCACAAGCUCAUUGAUGCCAUCGGCCAUCUGAAGGACAAGGUCUGUUCCCACCAUGACAAACCGCUGGAGGUUUACUGCCGUACCCACCAGCAGUGUAUCUGUUAUCUCUGUACGAUGGAUGAACACAGAGGCCAUGAUACAGUCUCAGCUGCUACAGGAAGGGCGGAGAUACAGAAACAAAUGGGUGAAAAACAGAGGGAAUUUCAGCAGAGAAUUCAGAUGAGAGAGAAGGAACUGCAGGAGCUGAGAGAGGCUGUGGCCUCAUUCACAAGCUCAGCACAGUCAGCAGUGGAGGACAGCGAGAGGAUCUUCACUGAGAUGAUCAGCUCCAUUGAGAGAAGACGCUCUGAGGUGACAAAGCUGAUCAGAGAUCAGGAGAAGGCUGCAGUGAGUCAGGCUGAAGGAGACAUGGACAGACGGAAGCAGGAGAUUGAUGAACUGAAGUGGAGACACUCUGAGCUGGAGCAGCUUUCACACACAGAAGAUCACAUCCAUUUCCUCCAGAGGCGCCAGGCUCUUCCUGUCACUCCUGAAGCUGGAUUUGGACCCAGAAUCUCUGUCAGUCCCAGAUCUGAUUUUGGGAAUUUGAGGAAGGCGGUUUCUGAGCUGAAAGAUCAACUGGAGAAUUUUUGCAGAAUGAAAAUGGCAGAGAUCCAUCACCAGUUACCAAAGACACCGUCCUACCAGUAUUAGUGCCCAGGACCAGAGAAGAAUUCUUACACU